UGCGUGUGUCGCCGCUAGCAGCUAACGCGUGACGUGUCUCCGCGCCCCCUCCUCUCCCGGAAGAAGGCCGAGCGGAUCAGGCGUUUCGUGUCUCUAAAGACUUAAAAAUGCGUUACGUGGCCGCUUACCUGCUUGCUGUGCUGGGUGGCAACACCCGCCCCUCCUCCAAAGAUAUCAAGAGCAUUCUUGGCAGCGUGGGGAUCGAGGCUGACGACCAGCGUCUCAGUAAGGUCAUCAGUGAACUGAAUGGAAAAGACAUCAACGAUGUCAUGAAUUCAGGUCUCUCAAAGUUAGCCUCCGUGCCAGCAGGUGGUGCUAUAGCUGCUGCUCACACCACUGGAGGUGCUCCUGCAUCUGCUCCUGGAGCUGCUCCUGCUGCGGAAGAGAAGAAGGAAGAGAAGAAGGAGGAAUCCGAGGAGUCGGAUGAAGACAUGGGCUUUGGGCUCUUUGAUUAGCAAUGCUUUUCCUUCUCUGUUUCAAAAGAAAUGCAAUAAAAAUUGAAAAAAUAA